AUGGUUGACAUUUCUUGCUCUAAUGGCAUUAGCAAUGGCAAUGGUGUGAAUGGCAAAAGUCAUUCAUCGCUGAAUGGUUAUAGGAAGAGCUGUUGGUAUGAAGAAGAGAUUGAAGAGAACUUGAGAUGGUGUUUUGCUCUAAAUAGUAUUCUGCAUACAGGGGCUUCUCAGUAUCAGGACAUUGCGCUGUUAGACACAAAGCCGUUUGGAAAGGCUUUAGUAAUUGAUGGAAAGCUUCAAAGUGCAGAAGUGGAUGAAUUCAUCUACCAUGAAUCUCUUGUUCAUCCAGCACUUCUUCAUCAUUCAAGUCCAAAGACAGUAUUUAUUAUGGGAGGAGGUGAAGGUUCCACUGCAAGAGAAAUACUAAGACACAAGACAGUGGAGAAGGUUGUCAUGUGUGACAUUGAUGAGGAAGUAGUAGACUUCUGCAAGGCAUACUUGGUUGUGAAUAGAGAAGCUUUCUGUGAUCCAAGACUUGAUGUCAUCAUCAACGAUGCCAGAACUGAGCUAGAAAUUGGAAAGGAGUGCUAUGAUGUGAUAAUAGGAGACCUGGCAGACCCAAUAGAGGGAGGUCCAUGUUACAAACUUUACACCAAAUCCUUUUACGAGUACAACGUUAAGCCUAGACUCAAUCAAGGUGGCAUCUUUGUCACCCAGGCAGGGCCAGCUGGAAUUUUCAGCCAUACAGAAGUUUUCUCCUGUAUCUUCAACACCUUAAGGCAGGUGUUCAAAUAUGUGGUGCCUUAUUCAGCUCAUAUCCCUUCCUAUGCUGAUACCUGGGGAUGGGUCAUGGCUUCAGAUACUCCAUUUACGCUGAGUGAUGAUGAGUUAGACAUCAGAAUUAAACAGAGGAUUAAAGGCGAGAACAGAUAUCUUGAUGGUAAAACGUUUUCAUCAGCCUCAAUCUUGAGCAAAGCUGUUCGAAAAUCACUUUACGAUGAAACUCAUGUCUACACGGAGGGAACGGCCAGGUUCAUUUAUGGGCAUGGCAGCGUUCACAAACAUAAUCAAGCCUAA